CUCAUGGCUGAUCUCGUCCUUCCUGUUGGCGCUUAAAGUCUUUCGUUACGAGCCGGCAUUUUAAAAGACGAUCAAAGUCGUGACGGUUGGAACUGUACACUUCAAUUUGUGAUACUUCUUUACAAGGGAAUAUAAAGUUUUUCCAGAAAGAUGGUUAAAGCUACAUCAGAAAGUAAAAAAGAUCACGCAAACGAACUGCUCCAUACACCAAAGGAUGGAUUUGUACAGAAAAAGAAAAGUAAAAAAUUUAAGCAAACUCCUACAGGCAAAAUUGCUCUAAUUAACGGAUCGAAGGCAUCGAAUGAUAGCAAUGAUGCUAAACAGCAACAGUUGAACAAGCAAAAGAAUUCAGCUUCGAAAAAAUCAAUGGAAGGCAAUAAAGAACAAAGAACACAAGAUUCCUCCAAGAGUGAAAAGAAACUACAGGAAACCCCUAAGAAAAUUAAAGUAGAGCCCAAAGAAGAUAGUUGUGACAAUGAUGAUGAUAUUAAUGAGGGAGUUGUUUUAGAUGACCAUAGUUUCAUACAAGAAAGCAGUGAAGCUGCUAGUGAAGAUGAUGACAAUGAUUCUGAUGAGGAUGAAAGUGAAAAUGAACAGAAUCUGCCUAACAUUCUUGGAACAAGUCUUGCGGAUGAUUCUGAUGAAGACGACGAUGAUUAUGAGGGAGACGAGGACAAUUUAAUAGUGAAUAAAGGAGUAAAAAUGUUUAAAGGAGUGAAAUCCAAAGAUACCACAGAUACGUCUGAAUCUGAAGGCAAUAGCAAUGAUGAUGGUGAAGAAGAUGAAGAGGAGGAAAAUGCCCUUGAUAGUGAUGACGAUGACGAAGAUGAAAGUGAUUCAGACGAAGAAGGUGAAGAGUCUGAUGAUGAAGAAGAAGGCGAUGAAUCUAAGCUAAGCUGGGAGGCAAUCCUUAGUAACAGUAUUGUUGAGGAUGAUGAAGAUGAUGAAGAUUUUAGUGAGCCAGAGAACAUUGAUGAAGAUGACGAUGAUGACAUCAGUGAAGAAGAUGAAGAAGAGGAUGAAAGCAACAGCAAAGCUAAUAUAAAAGAGAAAACUAAGAAACAAAAAGCAAGCUUAGAUCUUUCUUUAGAAGAAAUGAAGGAAGACAAAAGAACAAUAUUUGUUGGAAACCUUCCAAAGGAAGUAACAAAGAAACAAUUGCAACAGCACUUCAAAAAAUUUGGUAAUAUCGAUACCGUACGUUUGAGGGGUAUAAUAGGAAAAUCCAUGAAAACAUCUAAGAAAGUAGCAGCAAUAAAGAAAGACCUUCAUCCGAAAUUGAAGUCUGUUUUUGCAUAUAUUAGAUAUAAGUCUGAAGAAUCUGCUAAAGCAGCUCUGUCCAUGAAUGGAAAAGUAUUUGAUGGAAAUCAUUUAAGAGUAGAUUUAGCUUCAAAGUCAGAUGAAAAACAUGAUGUGAAAAAGGGCGUAUUCGUGGGAAAUCUACAUUUUAAUAUUGAAGAAAAUGCAGUUAGGAAACAUUUCAAGGGUUGUGGUGAAAUAGAAUCAAUACGUAUAAUUAAAGAUAACAAGACUGGAAUUGGCAAGGGAUUUGGAUAUGUUAAUUUCAAGACUGAGGAUGCUGUAUCAUUGGCGUUAGAAUUAAACGGAACGUCACUUCAAAAUCGCGAACUUAGAGUAAAACCAUGUUACGAACAUCCAAAGAAAGAAAAGAAAGACAAACAACAGAAGAAGAGAUCAGGUUCUACAAGUGAAGAUCAGAAAUCAAGUAAAAAGAUAAAAAACAAUGAAGAAGUAGCUGUACCCGUUCAUAACAAGAAAAAUGCUACAAAGAGACCGAAUGAAAAGGGACAAAAGUUUGAUGUGAAACAAAGUAGUCCGAAGCAGUCAAAAGCAUUCCAGGGUCAAACUGCUGAUGAAAAAAAGAAGAAGAAGUCGAAUAAAUUGGAGAAGAAGAAAAAAAUAAUGGCAGAGAAACUGGCUGCCAAACCCAAGAAGCCAUAAUUGAUACUCUCUAAGAUACGCGUAUUAACUUAAGAUUCUUCAUUACAUAAUUUUAAUGUUCAGAUUUAAUUUAUAUCUUUUUAAAGUAAUGUAAAAGUGCGAAUAUGAAGGCAGGGAAAUGAUAGGUUUGAAGUAUAAAUCGUGAUAUAGCACUUGUGAAUGGAUUUAUUAAGAUAUUUUUUUAAAUAUGAAAAGUGAGAGUGUGGGCAAGUAUUUAAUAUUGAAUAAAACACUAUUUUUUAUCA